AUUUGCUGUUUGAUUUAAAUCAGGGUUCAGCUUUUCUUGCGAGAGGAGCUUCGUUUUGGUGCUCGGUCUCGCUGACUGUGUGGUGAGAAAUGCUGUUUACUGUUUUGGAUGAUUAGCUGAUCCUGCGCUUUCUGUAUAUAUGUUUACGUGUAGGUUGCCACUGCUUUCCAGACCGCAACUCAUGGCGACUCUUCCGUGGACGCCGGCGACCGCGGCGGUGCACCAGUACCUGAUGGCCGCGCUCUCCCACCGCGGAGCGGCUGCGCUUCCAUACACUGAGGAAGCCAGGUGGACGAUCCACCAUCAUCUCGCAGCCCUGUCCCACGCGUUCCCCACCCUCCGACCCACCGCCGGCCACUUCACUCACAACGACGGCCGUGGCGCCACCCUCCUCCGCGCCGAGGGCACCAUCCCCCUCGCAACGUCCUCCUCCGCCUGUCUCUCGAUUUCCAUCUGGCUCCUCGAGGCCUACCCCAACCUGCCGCCGGCCGUGUUCCUCUCGUUCCCUCCGGGCACGGCCGUCAAGCCGCGCCAUCCCCUCGUCGACCCCUCCGGCUCCGUUUCCGUCCCUUAUCUCCGGUCCUGGAUCUUCCCUUACUACAACCUCGUCGACCUCGUUCGGUCUCUCGGUCAGCUCUUCAGCCAAGACCCGCCCUUCGCCAUCUCCCCGAGCGCCAUCCACGACGCCAAGGCCAGAGAGACCGCCAAGGUCGUGGAAGCAGUGCAACGGCACCUGGCGGCGGCAGGGAAGAGCCACACGGCGGAGAUGGAGGCUCUACUCGACACGCAGACGCAGCUCAAACGGAGGAAAGCGGAGAUCGCCCGCGGGUUGACAAGAUUGGAGGAGGAGAAGGAGCUGCUGGAACAGCAGCUCCAGAUGCUGAUCAUGAACUGCGACGUGAUGGAGAGUUGGGUGGCGAAGAACCACAGGAGGCCGACAGCGAGCUUGGACGGCGUGUUCGAGCCGUCGAACGCUCACUCGAGGCCGGCGAUGGAGUGCGUGGCCGCGGACAUGGCGGCGGAGGACGUGAUGUAUGCGUUGGAUGAGGCGUUGAGGGAGGGAUGUGUUCCUCUUGAUGUUUACUUGAAGAGUGUGAGAACCACGUCGAGGGAGCAGUUCUUCCACCGAGCCAUCUCCGCGAAGCUUGCUCCACCUCAGUUUGAGCUCGAGAAUUAAUGGAGUCAAUUGUGUGAUGUACGUAUGAUCACAUGAAUUCUUCCCUUCUUUUUUGUUCUCAUUAAUAAGGGCUUUGAUUCCACUCAUAUAUACAUGUAGAUAUGAAGGAUUAUAUAUAUAUAUAUGAACAUUGAUGUUGAUAAUGGAUAUGCAGAUGCUUUCCGAUACCA